AUGUCCAUCCCAGGCCUGGGUCAGAUCCCCACCAAGCCCGCCGCGUCGGCGGUGCGCACCUACACGCUGCAGCCACUGUGGGAGUACCGGUUCGAGGUAGCGCACGGCUCGACGGCGACGGUGACGCUGGUCUCGGGCACGGCCGAGCGCGACGGCACCGAGCUGGCCGCAGGCGUGCCCUACCGCCUGUCGGGCGCAAAGUCCAAGCUGCUCUCGUGGCGCGGCGCCACCCUCACCGUCGAGGGGCCCGCCGACGACUACGUGGCCGAGACGGCUACCCCGAACCCGGCCACGGGCGCCGCCGCCGACGACCCAGUCCCGUGCCUCGCCCACCUCAACCUGCAUGCCCUGCUGCAGCGCCAGCGCGACGCCGUUGCUUCUAGUAGUGCUGGUACUAGUAGUGGUCAGAAGCAGCAGCAGCAGCAGCAGCAGCAGCAGCACGGUCCCCGCGUCCUCGUCGCCGGGUCCGCGUCGAGCGGCCGCACCAGCCUGGUGCGCACCCUGGCCGCCUGGGCCGCGCGCGCGGGGUCGCAGCCGACCGUGGCGAACGCGGACCCGCGCGAGGGCGUGCUGACGCUGCCGGGGACGCUCUCGGCCGCCGUCUUCGCCACGCCAAUGGACCCGGCCAGCGGCGAGGGGUGGGGGUCGGCGCCCAGCAGCGGGCCGGGUGCCGUGCCCGUCAAGCUGCCGCUCGUCUACCACUACGGCCGCCAGCGCGCCGAGGAGGACCCGCCGCUGUACCGCGCCCUCGCCAGCUCGCUGGCCUCGGCCGUCGCGGCGAGGGCCGUGACCGACCCGGACGUGAGGGCCGCGGGGCUGCUGGUCGACUCGCCGCCGUGGGUGGGCGGGGCGGGGGUCGAGACGCUGGCGCACUUGGUGGAGGAGUUUUCUGUCAACAUCGUCGUCGUGCUCGGCUCGGCGCGCCUGACGCAGGAACUAACACGGCGGUUCGCCACUGAAAAGACCUCCCUCGGCGAGCCCAUCAGCGUCGUGUCGCUUGACAAAUCGGACGGCGUGGUGGAACGUGACGAAGGGUUCCUGCAGCAGUGCCACGAGGCCGCCAUCAAGGAGUACUUCUUUGGCGAUGCCGGCCUGACGCUCAGCCCGUCGACGCAGCAGGUAUCAUUUGACGACGUGCACAUAUACAUGCCCGUCAAUGAUGGGCCCGCGGGGCCUCCCGUCAAGUCGGCCGAAGACGGGGACUACAAAACGGCGGCGACGGGGACGCUGGAGAAGUUGACGCAGCCGCUGCCCGAGCUGGCGCACUGGACGCUCGCCAUGAUGAACGCGUCGCCGGGGGACCCGCCCGAUAGGAUCAGGUCCGCGACCGUCGCCGGCUUCGUCUACGUCGCCGCCGUCGACAAGGAGCGCCGCCGCAUGAAGAUCCUGGCCCCCGUCAGCGGCAGGCUGGGCGAUCGGCCACUCGUCUGGGGCAGGUGGCCAGAGCCGCACAUCAACCUUUUGGGAUAA